UCCCACAAUUCUUAUGUUUACGGCUGCUCGGUGAAAGAUGGCGGACAGCAGCGGUGUUAAUCCUCAAUCGUCCGGUUUCACCGAGAAAUUAAAAUCGUGGCUGUGCUGGUCGUGGACGUACAUAUGCGCGCUUUGGUUCGCCAUGGUUUUAACGAUGGUGUACGCGCUGAGAAGUCCUCUGAAGUUACAGGAGACCGUGAACGCGGCAUCUGUGUUUCUAAAUACUCUCACGCCUAAAUUCUACGUUGCUCUCACUGGGACAUCCUCUCUCAUCUCUGGCCUUAUUUUGAUAUUUGAGUGGUGGUACUUCAGAAAGUAUGGUACCUCAUUUAUCGAGCAGGUGUCUGUCAGUCACUUGCGCCCUCUGUUGGGUGGAGUGGAGAACAGCAGCUCUGCAGGCCUCUUCUCUUCUGUAAAUGGGGAUGCGGAGCAAAGAUCCAACGUUGCAGAAUGUAAAGUUUGGAGGAACCCCUUAAAUUUAUUCAGAGGUGCGGAGUACAGCAGGUACACGUGGGUGACCGGAAAAGAGCCUUUGACGUACUACGACAUGAAUCUGUCAGCACAAGAUCACCAGACUUUCUUCUUAGGAGACACUCAGCAGCUUCGACCCGAAGAUACAUUAAUGCAGAAAGCCUGGAGGGAAAGGAAUCCACAGGCACGCAUUCGAACAGCUUACCAGGCCAUUGAGCUGAACCGCGAAUGUGCGGCUGCAUACGUGCUCCUGGCUGAGGAGGAAGCCACAACCAUCACAGAAGCUGAACGGCUAUUUAAACAAGCACUUAAAAGCGCGGGUAAAGACACCAAUCUGGUGGUCUACAUCAAGAGAAGGAUCGCCAUGUGUGCCAGAAAACUGGGCCGCAUUAAAGAAGCUGUGAAGAUGAUGAGAGAUUUAAUGAAAGAAUUUCCUUUACUUGGAAUGUUAAAUAUUCACGAGAACCUUCUGGAGGCUUUAUUAGAACUGCAGGCCUAUGCCGACGUACAGGCAGUCCUCGCAAAAUACGACGACAUCAGCUUGCCAAAAUCAGCCACUAUAUGCUACACAUCCGCCUUACUGAAAGCAAGAGCCGUGUCAGAUAAAUUUUCACCUGAAACAGCCUCCAGACGAGGUCUCAGCACAGCAGAGAUGAACGCAGUGGAGGCCAUACACAGAGCUGUGGAGUUUAACCCACACGUACCAAAGUAUUUAUUAGAGAUGAAGAGUCUGAUUUUGCCUCCUGAACACAUUUUGAAGAGAGGAGACAGUGAAGCAGUGGCAUACGCGUUCUUUCACCUGCAGCACUGGAAACGGGCAGAGGGGGCGCUAAACCUGCUGCACUGCACCUGGGAGGGCACUUUCAGAAUUAUUCCAUACCCUCUGGAGAAAGGUCACCUCUUUUAUCCCUAUCCAGGAUGCACAGAGACCGCAGACAGAGAACUUCUGCCAUCGUUUCACGAGGUCUCGGUUUAUCCGAAGAAGGAGCUUCCCUUCUUCAUCCUCUUCACAGCGGGCCUGUGCUCUUUCUGUGCCAUGCUGGCCAUGCUAACACACCAGUUUCCUGAACUCAUGGGGGUCUUCGUCAAAGCCUUCUUCAGCACCCUCUUUGCACCGCUGGGUUUUUUUGCUGACAAGAUGGAGAGUUUUAUGCCCUCCUGCUUGUGGCAUCAACUAACAAACGUCUGACGAACAACAGUCGGCACACAAAACCACACACGUGGACAUACUUGCACUCAGAAACACUACUGUACAUGUAACACAUGAAUAAGAUGUUCAAAGCGGUACUGAAAAUAAAAAAUGUUUUGGCUGUUUGACACAAUCGUA